UGGUAGGUGUAGAAUAAUAUAUGGCAAUGAAUAGGUAAUCUCUACGUAUAUUAUCAUUGAGCCUGUGGUAUUUAUACUCUUAUCGUACUAGCAUCUAAAGGGCAUCACUUAUACAAGCUCACUUAUACGAGCUAGUCAGUAUAUGUUCGAACAAGACAUAAUUCUAAACCCUCAAGAUAUGUCAACCCCAUUAUAAGUCUACAGCCUACCCUUCUUCUUGAUAGCACCAUACAAGGCCAUGGCAACAAAUCCACACGUCCCCGGCGGCCCAGUCCCAACCGAGGAUACAAUCCUCGAGACCGGCGCGUCCAUGAUCCAAGACUUCCAACCCACAAAGCAACUCUGCGCUCACCUAAACGCCUUCCACACAUACGCCGACGACCCAGGCCGCUACGUAGAAGCGAAUCACUAUUGCGCUCACCUAACCGAAGACGUCCGGCAAUGCAUCCUCUACGAUAGCCCCGGGCCCAACGCCCGGCUUAUAGGCAUCGAGUACAUGGUCACGCCCAAGCUGUACGAGACUCUACCCGCCGAGGAGCGGAAGCUAUGGCACUCGCACGUCUACGAGGUGAAAUCCGGCAUGCUAAUCAUGCCGGGGCCGACGACCAUGCCCGGCGCGCAGCAGGUCUGGGAGGCUGCCGAGACGCACGAGAUGAAGCACGUCGUGGGUUUGUACGGCAAGGUCUACCACUUAUGGCAGACGGACCGGGGCGAUGCUCUCCCGCUUGGCGAGCCCAAGCUGAUGACUAGCUUCACAGCCGACGGCCAGUUCGAUUUUGAGAAGGCGGUAGGCGACCGCGACAGGAGGUUCGGCUCCGACUGGAAGCGAAAGAAGGAGCUGAGGAAGGACGUCGAAGUGCCCAAGAUUCAUCCGGAUGCCGAUUCGGCUUGGAAGAGGCGUAAUUCGAUGUAGAUCCUGGAGCUGGAAAGGGGGAAAAAACAACAAGUAAAACGUAAGAUCACACCAACCAUGAAUUCUCAAUUAUCAGUCACAUCGAUGAUAUUUUAUGGGAGCGUCUAGCAGAGAAGCUAAUCUC